AUGCUACCAGAUUGGAAGGCUCGUAAAAAUGUGAAAGAGGCUCUUCGCCGGCGCCUAUUCAAAAACAAUCAAAUAGAAGCUUUUGUACCAGACAAAAGGGGGAAAAAACUUACUAUCAAGGAAAGAGCUCAAUAUUGUGCAAAAACUAAAGAUGUGUGGGAUAUUUGGUUACAUGCUUUAGACUUAGCUGUUCCAAAAAAUAAUACAGAUGAGGCAAUUGUGGUGGCCAGUUCCUGUCUAUCGCAAUUUCGUAAAGAAUUAGCAGGAGCUGGAGUUGAUCCUGAGCAAAUUAAUACAUAUGCCAAAUUACCAAAUGUUACUCGAGCUUCUAACAAAAUUCAGAAGAGAAAAGUUGAACUGGGAUUAAUCAGUCAACCUAAAAUGCCUAAACACUUCUCCUUAGAAGAGGGGCUUAGAAGACUUCAGAAUAUCUGUACCACUGAGACCCCCACUCUACAAGAUCUUGCAGAUGUGAUCAUGAUGUUAAGUAUGAGACCCGCUGAAGUAACCACUCUUCGCAUUAUCCAUUAUGAGCCUGACGAAUCAAAUCCUCCAGAAUGGUAUAAUCCCGAUUACUCUUGGUAUUGUACUGGAUAUAUUAAAAAUAAAGGAGAAGCAAAAAACAAUUCUGAACCUCGACCGUUUCUAUCAAUGGAAAGAAUCCAGAACGUGCAAGAGAAUUGCUUACCAGGAUUCAAAAUGCAAUAG